CAAUUCAAACACUGAAUACCGCAGAUAUGGCAGACAAACCCUCCGAAGAGAAGGUGAAAGCUAGCACGAUCCAUACUCUACAAGCAUGGGGCGAAAACCCGCUCCCACCAACCCUCCUAGCGACCCUUAUUACCGCACAGCAUAUGCGCCCGUUCCAAGCGCUGCCAAUGAUGUUCACGCCUGUCUUGCUCGCGGCGAGCUAUGCGAAUGUGAGCGGGUAUAAGAUUGAUGCGGCGGGGAUUACUGGCGCGUGGAGUGGCUUGUAUCUGCUGUUGGCGAGCCGGAGGAAACAGAGACUCGUGCAAAAGUUUGGGGCUCGGGGAAUAGUUCGAGGGGCGACAUUAGGUCUUUGCGUUGCCAACGUAGUAGGAUGUGGAGUCACAUAUGGGUUUGGCCGGAGAAGGAAAGAAGAAGAGUCGCGGUGAUACCAGAGGAAAAUUAUGAGCUAUAUGAGUACGAUGGCGGUCUCGGAAGGCCUUGGAGUAUCAGUGUAUAAUAUGGAAUCUCCUAGAGGGAUUGUAACAACUAUAUUUUCUUCAUGCCGGCAUGGCGGUCUAUCGGUAAUCCAUCCCUAUAGAUCGCUGGAGUUACGACCCGG